AUGCAGGUGUCCAGGAGAGGGGAGGGUACAGGCGGGACCCACAGGGGCCGGGACACAGAGACCGUUCAGCCAGCGAUCCUCUCGGCACUACCGCGCCAGCUGCCGAGCCGCCGAGAGCCCCGCUCCACCAGUGCCGCCAGGAUGCCCCUCCUGCUGGCACUACUCCUGCUGGCCACCGCCACCUGCCCCGUGCGAGGCCAAGUCGCCACCAUUGAGUAUGAGCCUGCAAUCACUGCCCUGGCGCUAGAAGGGAACAUCACUUCUUCCACCUUCGUGCUGGAGCAGCCCCGCUGUGUCUUCAACGAGACUGUUAGCGACACCGAUGAGAUCUGGUUGGUGGUUUCCCUCAGUAGCGCGAUAUCCAGUUUCACCAGACCCACCUCCCUGCAAAGCCUCCCUUCCUUCCAGAAGUUCCCAGAGAACCCCCAGUACAUGACCAUGGGCACCUCCUCCUUCAACUACCCAUGUGAAAAGAGCUCGGGCCAGAUCACGGUGCUGCGCGUCGGGAACGAAAUCGGGUGCGUUUCGGACACAUCAAGACCAGAUUGCAACGGCCCCCUGCCUGGCCCGGGGCCCUACAGAGUGAAGUUCCUUGCGAUGAGUCCUGCAACUGGCCCCAAGGCCGAGACAAAGUGGUCAGCCCCGAUCACGCUGAAAACAGGGAAGGACCCUGCCCGCAUUGACACCUGGCCCAGAAGGCGCAGCGCUGGUAUGAUCGUCAUCACCACCAUCCUCUCCAUCCUCCUGGCCGUCCUGCUUGCCUGCUUCAUCGCCGCGCUGGUCUACGGAUGUUCGGACAUUUCCGAGAGCGCAGAGAUAAUGGAUAAGCAGGACCCGGUGACAGUGAAGAGGUACAACACCCACCAUAUCUACGACCAGCCUGCGUUCAAGAACUGA